AUGAUUACAAACAUAAUACAUUUAUUUUUAAUUAUUUUUUAUCCUUUUGUUUCUGUACAAACUCAAAGUCCGAUUCCAGUUGGUUGGUUUCUUGAUGAUACAGCAUCGAAUGAUGCUGAUGCAGAAGCAUUUUCAAAAGCUUUAUCAGCAGCAAUAAAUUUAACUGAUCAAUUCAAUUGGCCAAAAGAACAAUUUAGUUUUCAAUCAGUUUAUGAAAAUGUUACCGAUGCUAAUGUUUAUUCUGGUUUUCAUCGACUUUGUAAUCGAUUAGAAUCAGGUGCCGUUGGUUCUAUAUCAAGUAUUGAUCACCAAAAAACUCAUUUACUUGAAUCAUUUAUGGCACGUUUACAUAUACCAAUGGUAUCAUUAAAUUAUUAUAAUUAUAAUAAACCAGAAUUAAAUGCAUUAAAUAAAAUUUAUCAUUUGGCAAUGAAAAUUGAUCUUUUACCCGUCUUAGCUGCAUUUAUAAGACGUUUUAAAGUGACAAAAUUAUUUUAUAUUAUUGAAGGUGAAGAAGCAUUUGCACGUUUUCAAUCUUUGAUGGUUGCGCAAGCACGAGAUAAAAGUUAUGAUAUAUUAGAUAUACAAGUUAGACGUUUAACAGAUAUUAACAAUCAAAAUCAUACAAGAAAUUUAUUACAAAGUGUUGAAAUUAAAGAUCGAGGUUCAAAAGAAGAACGUUAUAUUGUACUUGAUUUAAAUUAUCUUAAAAGUUAUAUUAAUAUACUUAUGCAAAUUCGUCAUCAUGGAAUGACAACUCCUCAUUACCAUUAUAUUAUAAUGAGUCUUGAAGCUGAUCGUAUUGAUAUGCGUUUUUUUCGUUAUGGUGGUGUUAAUGUUACAUAUUUUUUACCUAAAUCACAAUAUAGAAUGGAUUCUUCAAUUGAUCCUGCAACAACUGAUCGAUUUUCAUUACCAUCGUUCGAACAAAAAGCUCUAGCUGAUUCUUUAUCUAUAUAUAUGCGAGCUAUAAUGGCAUUAGAUGAGACAACACGUUCGAAAAUUGUUCAAUCAAAUGAUGGUGAUGAAAAUUUUGAUCAUCUGAAAAUUGAAUGUCGUGCUGCAGAUAAACAACAUCAACAUAUCGAUUUCGGUGAAAAAUUAUUUAAUAUUAUGAAAUCUCUUUCAUUUGAAGGUUAUACAGGCCAUAUAACAUUUAAUGAAUAUGGUGAACGUGUAAAUUAUACAUUAAAUGUCCAUCAAGUAACAAUGAAUAGAUUACCACGAAAUUUGGGAAAUUUUACACUUGAUCAAUUUUUAAUGGAUGAUCUUAAAGUAUUCGAAGGUCGACAAGCACAUGAUUUUGAUAAAGGAAGAGAAAGAAUAAUUACAACAAUUCUUGAUGAACCAUUUACAAUGUUAAAUGAAAGUGCUGUUGGAAAUAUUACAGCAGCAGAAGCAGCGGGUCAAUUUUUUUCAUUUGAUCAAUUAUAUGGUUAUUGUGUUGAUUUAGCUCGAUUAAUAUGUGAAAAAAAACUUGAAAUACGAUGUAAAUUUCGUCUUGUAAAAGAUAAUGCAUUUGGAAAUAAACCAACUAAUGAUCAACCAUGGAAUGGUAUGAUUGGUGAAUUAGUUCGACAUGAAGCUGAUCUUGCUGUUGCACCAUUAACAAUAACAAGUCAACGUGAAAGUGUAGUAGAUUUUAGUAAACCAUGGAUGAAUCUUGGUAUUAGUAUUUUAAUUAGUAAACCGGAAAAAACAACACCUGGUGUUUUUUCAUUUAUGGCUCCAUUAUCAAAAGAAAUUUGGAUGUGUGUCACAUUUGCAUAUAUAGGUGUUAGUGUUAUAUUAUUUCUUGUUUCACGUUUCUCUCCAUAUGAAUGGAGUAUUGAAGAUGAAGUUACACCACAAUUAUCAAAUAAAUUUUCAAUUUUAAAUACAUUAUUUUUUGCAUUAGCAGCUUUUAUGCAACAAGGUGUAGAUUUUAUACCAAGGUCAAUAUCUGGCCGACUUGUUGCAAGUGUUUGGUGGUAUUUUUCAAUGAUUCUUGUAUCAUCAUAUACUGCCAAUUUAGCUGCUUUUCUUACGGUUGAACGUAUGGUUACACCAAUUGAAAGUGUAGAAGAUUUAGCAAGACAAACACAAAUAAAAUAUGGUGUUGUACGCGGUGGAUCAACCCAACAUUUUUUUGAUAAAUCUGAUGUUAAAGUUUUUCAACGUAUGUGGGCAUAUAUGCAACAGAGUGAAGAUGUGGUAGUUGCGAGUAAUGAAGAAGGAAUUAAUAAAGUUCGAAAAUCAAAAGGAAAAUAUGCAUUUUUACUUGAAUCAACUAAAAACGAAUAUACUAACGAACGAUUUCCAUGUGAUACAAUGAAGAUUGGUUCAAAUCUAGAUUCAAAAGGAUAUGGUAUCGCCACACCAGUUGGAUCAGAAUUACGAGAAGCAAUUAAUAUAGCCGUACUUGAAAUGAGUGAAGAUGGUACAUUAAAUACAUUGAAAAGGCAAUGGUGGUAUAACAGGUCUGAAUGUCGUAAUGGCACUACGAAGGAAUCGAAACAAAGCAAUGCACUUAAUCUUGUUAACGUAGCUGGUAUAUUUUAUAUUUUAAUUGGUGGUUUGGCAUUGGCUAUAACUAUUGCAAUAUUAGAAUUUUUUAUUAAAGCAAAUAUUGAAGCUAAACAAACAAAGAAUAAUUUUUUUGAUGUUAUGAAAAGAAAUAUGAGAUUGAGUAUUGCUGGUGUUGAUUUGGAAGAGAAAACACCGGAAAUAUACAUGUAUAAAUAUCCUGUACAAGAAAAUUAUCAUAGUUCUGAUCCAUUAUUUGAUGAGCCUCGUCGUGUUGGUAGUACGAAUCACAUCAAUGGAAAUCAAAGUCAAGUCUAA